UAGAUCUUUUGCAUGAGACAGAUGGGCCAGACGAUAGCUUGGCACACUAGUAGACCCCUUUUACUGUACCAGGUAAUACCGACGCUUCCGACUCCCGGGACUGGGAGACACUUCGAGCUCUUCGGUCAGGGGAGCAGCAAAACAUAUGGAGGAGCUGCUCUCCCCGUGCUCAUCCUUCUUGCCACCGCCGCCGCCUCCCCAGCUCGCCACUGCGGACGAGAACCACUAUGAGGUCCUCGAGUUUACCUCCUGCGAGGUCCCCGAUCAAUGGCUGCUCGGCGACGUCGUCGUGGCGGCCAAGAGCGAGGAGGGAGACUACUUGUGGCCUGAGGGGAGCUGGUCGCUCUCCCCGGACUCCGAGCUGCCGCCGGCGAGCCUCCAGGCUUCAACGAAGAAGCGGCGUGGGCGGAAGCCGGGGCCGCGGCCGGAGGGUCCCACCCCCAGUCACGUCGAGGCCGAGCGGCAGCGCCGCGACAAGCUGAACCGCCGGUUCUGCGAUCUCCGCGCCGCCGUGCCUACCGUGUCCCGCAUGGACAGGGCCUCCCUCCUAGCCGACGCCGCCGACUACAUAGCCGAGCUACGCUCCCGCGUCGCGCAGCUCGAGGACGAGGGUCGGCAGGCGGCCGCCUCGAGAUGGGACUGGGAGGUGUCGAACGCAUCGGCUUCUUCGUCCCGAAGCGGCCACGCCGGCUCCAUCCACCACCCGGCCGGCGACGAUGUGGUGGAGGUGCGGAUGGUGGGGAAGGAUGCGGCGGCGGUGCGCGUAACGAGCGCGGGAGGAGCCCCACACGCGCCGGCGCGGCUGAUGGGCGCGCUCAGGUCGCUAGAGCUGCAGGUGCAGCACGCGUGCGUGAACCGCGUGGAGGGCGUGACGGUGCAGGACGUCGUCGUCGACGUGCCCGCUGCGCUCCAGGACGACGGCGUCCUCCAGUGCGCUCUGCUCCAGAGGCUCCGCGACAACUCCUAGCUAGCUACUAGAUACCUAGAGCCUAGGUAGGGGUGGCUGGUGGU